AAGCUGAAUGCACAUCACAAUGAAACUAAUAAUUCUGUUCUGCCUUGUUCUACUGGUUUCUGUUUCAGAACAAAUUCCUCAGUAUGUGAAUUGUACGGGAGAAAAACCGGCCAUAAAAAAUGAAGCAUCUUCCUGCAUUCAAGUUACUUGCAACAAACCUGGAGAUUACAUAAUUUUAAUAUGCCCACUAAUCAGAUGUCAGCCUGAUAAGAUCGAAGUACGUAUACCAGGGGAUUUGUCAAAAGAGUAUCCAGGAUGUUGUGAUGAACUCAUCUGUAUAUAAUCGACGAAAAAUAUUAGAUAUUUCCAGAUUUUUUAAUAUAAUGCAUUAAUAAUAAUCUACUU